AUCACUUAUCCACAACACAUCCAUUCACAUAAGGGAGGGCUACUUCCAGAGCUGAGUCAAAGUGAUCCACUCUGUCAGAGGAACAUCACCUCUUUUUUGUCGAUAUUUGCUCACACAAGUUUCCAGAAGAAGGCUUUGUACUAUCCAGAGUACACAAUGAGCUUUUUGACUUUUGUUUUUGCGGUGAUUCUCACUUUGUAUCAGAUUGUGAGCAAUCCGGCUAGUGCUGGGAUAUGCUGGCUGCAGCAGAGUCAGGACCAAAGGUGCGACAUGGUGCUGAUGAGAGGGGUGACCAGAGAGGAAUGCUGUGCCGGGGACCGUCUGGACACAGCGUGGUCCAACAGUAGCCUGCCCAUGAAUGAGGUCAGCCUGCUGGGCUUCCUGGGAAUUGUCUCCUGUAAACCAUGUAAAGAGACCUGCGAGGGGGUCAGAUGCAGUCCUGGGAAGGUUUGCAAGAUGAAGACGGGAAGGCCUCAGUGUGUGUGCUCUCCAGACUGCUCUCACAUUACCCGGAAGCAUGCUGUGUGUGGCAGCGAUGGAAAGACGUACCAGGAUGAGUGUACCAUGCUGCUGGCCCGCUGCAUGGGACACCCGGACCUGGAGGUCAUGUACCAGGGAGAGUGCAAGAAGUCAUGCUCCAAUGUGGUGUGUCCGGGAACUCACACCUGCGUGACUGACCAGACCAACAGUGCCCACUGCGUCAUGUGCCGCACAACACCUUGCCCAAUACCCAUGCUGUCUGAGCAGCCAAUCUGUGGCAAUGACAACAUCACUUACCCCAGCGCCUGCCACCUUCGCCGGGCCACCUGCUUCCUGGGCCGCUCCAUAGGAGUCCGCCACUACGGCCACUGCAACAAUCCCCCUCGGAAAGAUCACGUUUUUGACGGCAGUGAGGAAAACGCAGUCUAGAUGGACGAAUCCUGACAAAGCCCUCAUCGAGAGAUGGGUUGGUUUCCAAGUGUCACACCACUAGCUUCCCGCGAUGACCUCUUUUUAAUUUUUUAUUUUUACAAUCCCUCCCCCUCCCCCUUGUACACAGAAUGAUGAUGCAUUUAAUACGGAAGGCCUCUUGGGAAGACACACUUUAGUGUACCUGCCUCCAAAAAAAGAAAGAAUCUGUGAGCAAUUGAUGUUGAUCUCUUGUGUUAAGUCAGGAAGGUAGAGGCAGAGGAAAGCAUGUGUCUCGAGGUAGAAAUAUCUCAUGAGCUCUUUGGGAGAUGUGUGCAUAUUGUAAAUAUAAUGCCACUACUAUUUAUUGGAGAAGGUAUCAAACUCUAUUUGUGUUUUUUAUCUAAGUAACAACUGCAUAUAUCCUUGGGAAAGCAGAUGCAAAAAAUCUUUUUGUAUUUAUUGUGUUUUGUUCUAUUGUGUAUGUACAAUAGUGGUCACUGGCAUUGUCGUUUCACAGUUUUUACAGUCUCCAUUCCCCACAAAAACAAACCGUUUUUUUCCCUCAUAAGCUGAUGGAAAGCAGCGCUAAUUUGUUUGGAAAGUCGAUACCACUCUGUAGGGUUUUCAACGAACCGCAAACAAGAACGGGGCAACUACAGCUGCACUGUAUGUACUGUAGCUUUUGCCUGGGAGGUGAGGAAAGGAUUCAGUCUAAACAAACCUGUAUAGUCUCUGUCCCAUUUCUCCCCCUCCACAUGUUUACUCUGGAACCUGAUCCAAACUCUCUGCCACCGCUGAUCACUAGAAGUUACAGUUUGUUCGUGUUUGUCUCAGACGACUGUUGGUACGACCCCAAGCCCUUCACAAUACCUCCUCUGUUGAACGCUUGGCUUCUUUUUGUAAAUGCGUCUUUGAAAGUCAUGCUGGUUGAUUCCGAUGCUGUUUUGCUGCUUUGACUUUAUUGAUUUUUGAAUUUUUUUCGUUUAAAGAACUUAACUGGACAAAUAAAUGCGAUUAGAAUUGUCUGAUUGGCAGAAAAAUUGAAUUUGUCUGUGAAUGGACUGAAUUUUGGGCAAGCUGAACGUACAUGAUCAUACAGCCACCGGAGACAAGACAAGUCUGUACAGUUGACACUGGUACACCUGUCAAAAUCCAGAAAUCCCAUUUAAUCCUUAAACUCAAAGCAGAUGUCUGGUAUCUUUGAAUAAUCUUGUUAGUGUAUUAUGGAACAUUUUAAUGACUCUCCUGUAAAUAACCAUCUCAUGCGUAUACUCACCUGUGUACCUACUGUGAAACCAGAAUGAUAAAUGCAUAAGCAUAUUUUUGUAUUUUUGUACUGCCACUUCAAAACAACAUAAAGUUUAAAGUUUAAGUUUAA